AUGGGCUCGCGAAGCCGGUCUCCGGUGGGAAAGAUCCUAUCUAACUAUUUGGGAGAACUUCUCUUCUUUUCUUUGAUUGUGCUUUGCUUAACACAAUCGAAGUGGGAUCAUCGUGGAGAAAAAUAUCUUGCGGUCAGUCUUUCCAUAUCUUCUUCUUUAGCUCAUUCGCAACAGUUUCCUCCAUUCCUGCGAUUUCCUCAGGAUUCCUCGCUUGUUGUGAUAGCAAUCUAUAACCGCUCUAUAGAAAGAAAUAGAUUAGAGGAGAGGGUAAGGGUGGAUAGGGUAUGGACAGCCGUAGAACUCGCGAAGCAUGCAUUAGAAGCAGAUCCUACUAGGGUAUCCAAACUCGGAAGAUGUUAUGAGACUGAGCCGGCUACCGUACUUCGUGCUGGAACAGGGGUGACUCCUAACAAUGGAUCCACCACAGUAGGGGUUAUAUCACAACUUAUUACCAUCCGGACAAAGAAAAGGAAUAGUAGUGAAAUGACAGGAACGACAGCUUUCACUGCUACGGCUAUUGGCUUUAGCUAUACUAUGGCAUUCCCUGUAGUUCUUGGAGUCACUCAAACUCGAACUCCUGUUACAGCUCGGCUAUAG